AUGGCCCCCUCAGAAGACCCCAGGGACUGGAGAGCCAGCCUCAAAGUCACCGGCCUUGAGACAGACCCGGACACCAGCACUGGUGAAAAGCUGCCCUGCCAUCAGAAGUCCAUCCCCACGGCUCACAUGACGUUUGUCAUCGACUGUGCCCAUGGGAAGCAGCUCCCCAUGGCCACAUCCCCAGUGCCACCCCGAAUCCCCAGUCCCAACCGAGGGCCUGUCACUCCACCAAUGAAAAUCUACAUCGUAUUCUGUGGGGAAAACCAGGCCCGCCCAACUCAGGAGACUCUCCCGGCCAGGGCCAUGCUGCCGCCCUGCAGAGGGAUCGUGGCUCCAGCUUCCUUCCCAGUCAGCCCGCUCUGUCCCCAGGAGGUUCCUGAUGCAAAGGGGAGACGCUUGGAGGCUGUGUCCAUGAGGUCUUCCACUUGGGGAACAGUCAAGGACUCGCUCAAAGCCCUCUCUUCCUGUGUCUGUGGGCAGGCUGAUUAGCU